AUGUACGGCAUCAAUGCGAAUUACGAUUCCACGGCCGCCACGACCGGCGUGCCCAUUAACUCCCGACACGAUGCGCACGAGGAGGAGCUCGAGGCCGCCGCGGCGCAGAGCACCGACCCGACCAAGACGCAGGCUACCUCCAUCACCGAGGCCGGCGGCAACGACGAAAAGCCUGGCUCUUCCCCCAACUCGCUGAGCAAGGACGAGGACGAUGACUCGGCAGAGGCGGAGAUGGUGCGCCGCACUUCCGUCGUGCAGGCCCUUGCGCGCUCGUACUCGCGAGCCUCUGCCGCAGGACCUGGCGGCGCUGGAGGCGAGAAUCCGUUCUUCGCCGAGGAAGACUCGCCCCUGAACCCAAAUUCGGCAAACUUCAGCGGUCGCGAGUGGGCCAAGGCCAUCGUCGAGCUCGUGUCGCAGGAUGGCGCCGGGUUUCGCUCGUCGGGCGUCUGCUUCCAGAACCUCAAUGUCCACGGCUUUGGCGCGUCGACCGAUUACCAAAAAGACGUGGCCAAUGUUUGGCUGUCCCUCGCGGCUACCGCGCGCCAACUCACGGGCUCUGGUCGCCAGCGGAUCGACAUUCUGCGUCAGUUUGACGGCCUGGUACACAAGGGCGAAAUGCUAGUGGUCUUGGGCCCGCCCGGAUCCGGCUGCUCCACGUUCCUCAAGACCAUUGCUGGAGAAAUGAACGGCAUUUUCGUCGACGACGGCUCGUAUUUCAAUUACCAAGGUAUUGGCGCCAAGGAGAUGCAUUCGAAUCAUCGUGGCGAGGCAAUUUACACCGCCGAGGUGGAUGUGCAUUUCCCCAUGUUGACUGUUGGCGAUACCCUCACUUUUGCCGCUCGUGCCCGCCAGCCCCGCCAGCUGCCCCAGGGUCUCAACAAGAAUGACUUCGCCGCCCAUCUCCGCGACGUGGUUAUGGCCAUGUUUGGCAUUUCGCACACCGUCAACACGCGCGUUGGCAAUGAGUACGUGCGAGGCGUCUCAGGUGGUGAGCGCAAGCGUGUCACUAUUUCUGAGGCUGCCUUAUCCGGCGCGCCCCUGCAAUGCUGGGACAACUCUACCCGUGGCCUCGAUUCUGCCAACGCCAUCGAGUUCUGCAGGACCCUUCGUCUGCAGACGGAGCUUUUCAGCAGCACUGCCUGCGUGUCUAUUUACCAGGCACCGCAAAGCGCCUAUGAUCUCUUCGAUAAGGCCGUUGUCUUGUACGAAGGCCGACAGAUCUUCUUCGGUCGUGCCGAUGCUGCAAAGCAAUAUUUCAUCAACCUCGGCUUCGAAUGCCCUCCUCGUCAGACGACCCCCGACUUCCUUACCUCCAUGACGUCUCCUCUUGAACGCAUUGUUCGCUCUGGCUUUGAGGGCAAGGCUCCGCGAACGCCCGACGAGUUUGCCGCAGCAUGGAAGAACAGCGCCGAGUACAAGGCCCUGCAAGUCGAGAUUGAGGACUACAAGACUGCUCACCCCAUUGGCGGUCCCGAUGCGGAGGCUUUCCGUGCCUCCAAGCACGCUCAGCAGGCUCGCGGUCAGCGCAAAAAGUCGCCCUACACCUUGUCAUUCAGCCAACAGGUCAAGCUGUGCCUGUGGCGAGGCUGGAAGCGGUUGACUGGCGACCCCAGCUUGACUGUCGGUGCCCUUAUUGGUAACUUCAUCAUGGCUCUUAUCAUCGGCAGUGUCUUCUACAAUCUUGGCGACUCGACCGGCAGCUUUUUCCAGCGCGGUGCCUUGCUCUUUUUCGCAUGCCUGAUGAACGCCUUUGCCUCAGCCCUCGAGAUUCUGACCCUGUAUGCUCAACGACCCAUCGUUGAGAAGCACAGUCGGUACGCUCUAUACCACCCAUCGGCAGAGGCCGUUGCAUCAAUGCUGUGCGACAUGCCCUACAAGAUUUCGAACUCGAUCGUCUUCAACUUGACACUCUACUUCAUGACCAACCUGCGGAGAGAGCCUGGGCCUUUCUUCUUCUUCCUGCUCAUAUCGUUCGUCACGGUUCUGGUCAUGUCCAUGAUCUUCCGCACGAUCGCCUCGGCCUCCCGCACCUUGUUCCAGGCGCUCGUUCCCGCCGCCAUCCUGAUCCUUGACCUGGUCAUCUUCACCGGCUUCGUCUUGCCCAAGCGCUACAUGUUGGGCUGGUGCCGAUGGCUGAGCUAUAUCGACCCUCUUGGUUACGCGUUCGAAGCGCUCAUGGUUAACGAGUUCCACGAACGCAAGUUCGAGUGCAACCAAUAUGUGCCCACGGCUCAAGCUCCAACUCCCGCAGCUGCGGAUAUGCUUUCCGAGUACGCCAACGUGGGUGGGAACAACCAAGUUUGCAGCGCCGUCGGAUCUGUUCCUGGCCGAUCCUAUGUCUGGGGCGAUGAUUACGUGUAUCAGCAGUUCGACUACCAGUGGAACCACAGGUGGCGAAAUUUCGGCAUUGUUAUCGCCUUCACGGUGUUCUUCCUCAUCUGCUACAUGGUGGCCGCCGAAUUGGUGUCCGAAAAGAAGUCCAAGGGCGAGGUUCUCGUCUACCGCCGCGGCCACAAGCCCGCCGCUGCUCGCCAUGCCGAAAAGAAGCGUGACCCCGAGGCGGCCAUGGCUAACAUUGGACCCGUCAUCACUGCUGAACGCAGCCGUGGCCAGGUUGGCAAGGAGGGCGGAAUGCUCCAAGAACAGACGUCCGUGUUCCAGUGGCACGACGUCUGCUAUGACAUCAAGAUCAAGGGUGAACCGCGCCGCAUCUUGGACCAUGUCGACGGCUACGUGAAGCCCGGAACCCUCACUGCCCUAAUGGGUGUGUCAGGUGCCGGCAAGACUACUCUUCUGGAUUGUUUGGCGGACCGCACCUCGAUGGGCGUCAUUACGGGCGAGAUGCUGGUAGACGGUCAACCUCGUGAUCGGUCCUUCCAGCGCAAGACUGGCUACGUUCAACAGCAAGAUCUCCACUUGCAGACGACCACUGUUCGCGAGGCUCUCAACUUCAGCGCGCUUCUUCGCCAGCCCGCCCACGUGCCGAAGGAAGAAAAGCUAGCCUACGUCGAAGAGGUCAUCAAGCUGCUGGAGAUGGACGAGUAUGCCGACGCUGUCGUCGGUGUUCCUGGCGAAGGUCUCAAUGUCGAGCAGCGCAAGCGUCUCACUAUCGGUGUAGAGCUCGCUGCUAAGCCUCCCCUGCUGCUUUUCGUCGACGAACCUACUUCCGGUCUUGACUCGCAGACAUCAUGGGCUAUUCUGGAUCUCCUCGAGAAGCUGACCAAGGCUGGGCAGGCCGUGCUUUGCACGAUUCACCAGCCGUCGGCCAUGCUCUUCCAACGCUUCGAUCGACUCCUAUUCUUGGCUAAGGGCGGCAAGACCGUCUAUUUUGGUGAUAUUGGCGAGAACUCCCAGACCAUGACAAGCUACUUCGAGCGCAACGGCGGCCACCGAUGUCCUGACGAGGCCAACCCUGCCGAAUGGAUGCUGGAAGUGAUUGGAGCCGCCCCCGGAACGACUACUGAGAUCGACUGGUUCCAGACUUGGCGCGAGAGCGCCGAGUACAAGGCCGUCCAGGACGAACUCGAGAACAUCAAGCGCGAAAAGCAGGGCACUGCUUCGCAGACCGAGGAUGAGGAUCCAGGCAGCUACCGCGAGUUUGCCGCCCCCUUCUCAGUUCAAAUGAAGGAGAACCUUUUCCGUGUCUUCCAGCAGUACUGGCGAACUCCGGUUUAUAUCUACGCGAAGACGGCGCUCUGCACCCUCGUUGCGCUUUUCAUCGGCUUCAUCUUCUUCCGCGCGCCCAAUUCCAUUCAAGGCCUUCAGAACCAGAUGUUUUCCAUCUUCCAGCUUCUCACCGUCUUCGGCCAGAUCGUUCAACAGUCCAUGCCGCAGUUCGUCAUCCAACGCUCCCUAUACGAAGCUCGCGAACGCCCCUCAAAGGUCUAUUCGUGGAAGGUCUUUAUGCUUUCCCAGAUCAUUGUUGAGCUUCCCUGGAACAGCUUGAUGGCCGUGCUCAUGUACGUGUGCUGGUACUAUCCCGUCGGACUCUACCGCAACGCAGAGCCAACCGACGCCGUCACCGAGCGUGGAGCACUCAUGUUCCUCUACCUCCUGAUGUUCAUGCUCUUCACCGGUACCUUCUCGACGUUCAUCAUUGCUGGUUUCGAGACUGCAGAGGCUGGUGGCAACCUUGCCAACCUCAUGUUUACGCUCUGCCUCAUCUUCUGUGGUGUCCUCGCCCAGCCCAACACUCUUCCCCGCUUCUGGAUCUUCAUGUAUCGCGUAUCGCCGUUCACAUAUUUGGUCAGCGGCCUGUUAUCAACAGGUGUGGCUAACACGGACGUUAUCUGCGCCGACAACGAGUUCCUGCAUUUCUCGCCGCCUUCAGGAAAGACCUGCAUCGACUACAUGUCAUCAUACAUCAAGGUCUUUGGUGGACGCCUGCAAGACAACAACGCCACCUCGGAAUGCUCGUACUGCCCCAUCUCCGAGACGAACAAGUUCCUGGAGGGCGUCAGCAGCAACUACGAUGACAGGUGGCGCAACUUUGGCAUCCUGUGGGCAUUUGUCAUCUUCAACAUCUUUGCCGCACUCUUUGUCUACUGGCUGGCACGAAUGCCCAAGAAGAACCUUGGCAACGAGAAGAAGAAGAAGAAGGAGUAG